AUGGAAGCAGAAGUCGCGCUUGACAACCUAAAGGCAAAUGAGGAAAGAAGGAGAACUGUUGGACCAGUUCUGAUGACUCGAAUGACACUAGAUGCUUCAUUGUGGCCAGAAGCUUUGAUUAUAGCUAUGGCAUUCAAUGGUUUUAGUUCAAACCUCAGCCAGACAUUUCCACCGAGAGCAGAAGUACUGAUGGAUCCUUCAGAGGACAGAUUCAAAGCCACGAGCAAUCCUGAAGCCAAAACCAACGAAAUUGAUGUUGUUGCCAUAGUCAAAUCAGCCCAUGGUAGCUCAAUUCCUUUUGUGCAAGUAUGUGGUGGACACAGCCCUUGGUCAACCGUUGGUUCAUCUGGCUUCGUUAUUGACCUAGGACUCUGCGAAUCGAUCAGUAUUGAUACAGAAACUCAAUCAGUCACCGUCACUGGGGCUGUCCUAAUGAAGGAAUUAUCUACCGCCUUGUCGGAAGCCGGUCGGUGUACAGCAACCGGUAACGGCAAUACGGUCGGUGUUAUCCCUUUCUGUCUCGGGGGUGGUAUAUGUACUCUUUCUGGGACCAUUGGUUUCGGAUGCGAUCAAACAUUAGCAGCAAAAAUCAUCAUUGCCGAUGGUACACUUAUACACUCAAAUGCAGAUGUUGAGCCUGAACUCCUGUGGGCAAUCAGAGGAGCUGGCCAAAUCGGAAAUCCAGCGGAAGCACCUCUUGCAUUCCAAUCUCUCACAGAUGUAAAUCCAAUCAUGUCAUCGACAUCAACACCUCAUUACCCGAAUUUGAGCGACCACUUGGAUUUCGCCUGUGUAAAAGGGGAUUUCAAAAGGUUCAGCUUAGCGGGCUUCCCCGACUUUAGAGCACAAAUUCUCUUGAAGGUCAUAGAAAUUUACGAAGAGUUAUUAGCUACCUGCCCCGAUGCUGGUGUCACCAAAAACCAUGACAUCGUCCGAGAAUUCGAGAACAAAGCGAUUACAGCCAUGAGAGAUGCUCAUGCUGAGGAGGAUUGGGUUGAUUAUACAAAUUGCAAUCGCACAGAUCCUAUUCAGCGACGAUAUCGUGGAGCAGAAAGGUUGGAGGAGUUGAAGUCAUUGAAGCAGAAAUGGAAUCCGCAAGGUGUUCUUCAUACGGCAAGUGUUAACGUUAUGAUUCACCAACCAAGCCAAGUUGGUGAUGGAUGA